AUGUGGCCCUGCAGAGCCCGCGGGCAGCCCUGCCCGAGGGACCCCCCGUCCUGUGUCCCCCCACAGCACAAGCAGCCUGGGCAGGGCUGGGGUCAGCCCAGCCCUGAGAGGAGCGCGGGCCCAGCCGAGUGUGACGAGUUCAGCUCCUUCCUCUACUGGAGACCCCCCCUGCCCAGCAUCGAGGAGGAGCUGCAGGAGCUGCUGAAAGCUCAAGCCGUCUCGGUUGUUCCGGAGGCCACUGAGGAGCACCAGAGCGCUGAGGAUGGAGCCAGUGCUGAGGAACAGGAGGACGAGGAGGAGAGUGAUGAUGAGGGUUGGAUAACACCCAGUAACCUCAAGCAGGUCCAGCAGGACACAGGGCACUGUGACACUGCUCCCGUGGACAUUCAGGUCGGCUGUAUCACCACUGACUUUGCCAUGCAGAACGUGCUGCUGCAGAUGGGCCUCCACGUGCUGGCAGUGAACGGGAUGCUGAUCCGCCAGGCCAGGAGCUACAUCCUGCGCUGCCACGGCUGCUUCAAGACCACUUCAGACAUGACCAAGGUCUUCUGUCCCCACUGUGGUAACAAGACGCUGAAGAAGGUGGCAGUGAGUGUCAGUGAGGACGGGAGCCUCCACAUGCAUUUCUCCCGCAACCCCAAGGUGCUGAACCCCCGGGGGGUCACCCUCCCCCUGCUCCUUUCUCCCGGCCAUUACCCGCUGCCGGCCCCGCGGGGCGGGAAACACGCCAACAACCCCCACCUGGUGGAGGACCAGCCCUUCCCGCAGCAGCGACUGUCCCGCAAGGCCAGGCAGAAAACCAACGUCUUCGACCCCGACUACCUGGCCGGGGUCUCUCCCUUCGCGGAGAACGACGUCUGCAGCCGCGCUGCCAACCUGCAGAUCCGGGACGCGGCGCUGGGCGCCGGCAGGAGACGCCUCAACCCCAACGCUGUCACCAAGAAGUUUGUGAAGAGGAGGUGA